UACAUCAUGUAUUGUAAAAAGGAUUGUUGGUUCACCGACUUUAGUCUGUUUGUUUUUUUCAAAUCAUGUCAUGCUUUCGCUGUAAAAAUAACACGCUUUGUUUUUCUGUUAAAUGAGCCCUCUCAGCAUUUGAUUUGAGGCCAUGAAAGUAUAUUUUCUGCCUGUCCGAACGGCGAUACUGGUGGGGAUUUUGCUGACCAUUCUGACGUGUGUCUGUCAUGUCUGUUGCGAUCACCGUCAGCUGAGGCCGUGCGUGUGGAGAAUCACUCCGCUCCAGUCAGAUGCAGAGGCUGGAUUCAUUAGGACCAGCGUGCCAUUCCAAGUGUCCUAUCUGGACACUGCGUGUACACAAGAGCUGCAGUGGCAGGUCACAGAGAUAUGCACGGUACAGAAUUCCAGUUCUUUGCAGACUGUCAUCACUUGUCAAUAUCCCGGCCGUCACACAAUCUUGCCAGUGGUACAUCAGUCUUGCAGUCAGUGUGUGCCUGUUGGUAAAACGGUUCUUGUCAGGAACAGUUCAUUGUGCUACCGAUGGUAUGCAGUGUCCAUCCACAACUCAUCCAUUUGGAGUGCUCCAGACACCAACCCUGGUCAGUGGACUGCAGAGACACUGAGAGUGUGGGUCGUUGAUUGGGCCGAGGCAGAUGAUGACGAACGCAAUCAUAUUGCAACCUCUCCAUCAUAUUUUUCUGCAGGUUUGACCAGAAUGUUCCACAGGAAGAACCAACGACCCACUGUUACACAGGUUCAUGCCAGCAGCCAGCAACAAUUACGCACUGACAACAUCACCUUCAAGCAAAACUUGAGUUACUGGGAAGUUUUCGUCAGUGUUCCUUUCUAUUUAGAGGCAGAGCUGAAAAUUAAGGGCCGUCCGGACAGAGCUGUCAACAUGUGCUUCAUAGGUGACACCACAGUGUUGUUGACCAACCGUUGGUUGUCUUCAGCAACUCAGGAUGAAACCACUCAACUCCGCCAUGCUUCUGGGCAUCCAACAAGGCUGGUUCAAGAUCCCUGCGCUAGUCACGUCGCUGUUCUCUUGUCUGAGAAUUCAGUGCUCCUUACACAGGAUGGAUUCUUGACUUCAAAGAAUCUGACUCUGCCAUCCCAUCUGGUAAAGAAUCUGAACCUGGAUGUUGAGAGUGUGGCCUUUACACCAACCCAUCUCAUACUUCUGAUGGACUCCAAGGUUUGGGGUUUGCCGAGGACAAUGGUCAAUUUGACACAAGUCACUGGACUCACAGGGCAGGCUGCAAUGAAAGGCCAAGACUGGUGUAUUCCGUCUACCCUCCACAAGAGCCAUCAAGCUGUGUCUUUCAAUGCCAGCAGUCUGUUCUUGAUCAGCACUGUUAGUCUGAGUGACCACCGUCUAAUCUCACAGGAGAUUCCUCUACCCCUGUCUGUCCUCCGCAUGCUUGGUUUUACAGCAGAAGUUGAGCUGGAAAUCCAGGAUGUCGCAUUUGAAAGCUUUUCAAACUUACUAGAGCUGGUUGUCACGGUUACACAAAACUCUCACAGUUCUGUGGUGUUUCUGCAGUACAAUAUCACCCUAGCUUCAUGGACUCAUGAACGAUUUUGGUUGGAUGUAAGAGACACUCGUGGCACGGUCUCCUUGAAGUUCUCCAGUGGGGCACACCUCCAUAGCUUCCUUUUUUGGGACCAAAAACGCUUGUUUUUCAGCUACCAAAAUGGUCAGUACGGCACCUUCAGCGUCAGAGGUAGUGAUUCCGCAGUCUCAAAUGUAUCCAGCAAUGAAAUGAUUGAACAGGUGUCCAUCAGCCAGUCUGGUGACAUUCUGGUACUGCUGUCUUCCAACUGUUUGUACUAUAGUCAAAUUGGCCAGACCACACUUGUCAGUCUCUCUGCCAGUGAAUUGGUUUCAUCUCAUGCCUAUCUCCUGUUUGAUCUUCUGGGAAAUGUUUUUGUCGUUGGACUUGAAAGUAAUGGAUCAUCCCUCCAGCAUUGGCGGUGGCAGUACCCACUGAAAGUUGAAGUAGCAGGGGCAUUGCAUGAUGCGGGAAUUUCUUGUCCAUACAGGCGCUUUGAGCACACUGAUGUCGCCGGUAUAUACUACCUCGACAUUGGUAAUGUGAUUCAGCUCUGGACAUGUUUGACAUUUCCCAGUGAUGCGGAUAUCAAGUUGCAGGUUGUGUCAAGCUCACCCGGCCUCUUGCACAUCACAGAGGAAGAUUUGUGGGCCUAUCACCCAGGACGGUUAGCCAUUAACAAGACGCUGACAAUACAACCCAGCCUCAACCUUGAAACAAGGCUCGCCAAUGAUGUCAUCGGAUGGACUGGAGACAUUAAGCUGGAGGUCAGACCAGAUCAGGAAGAUCUCGGUUGUGAGAAGCCCACGAGUAUGGUGGCACACUUUUCAGUGGGUUGCCCACCUGGAAGGCACAUCCGAGUCAGGAAACCAGACCGCUGCUCACAUUUCAGUAAUUACACAAUACCCAGAGAUGCCUAUUUGGAGGAGAAUGGUUCCAAUCCUGAAGACAUCAAGAUAGUCAAAUACGACUGGGCUAUGUUUGCUUGCCCCAUCACAGCUCACUAUCAGCUGCCGUUCAGACCAUCACUUGAUCUUUAUGACCAUGAUGAAAUUGUCACUGAAGUGGAUGCCAAUUACGUUGUCACUGAAGAGCAGGGUCGUGUAGAUUUUUCCUACAAUACCAGCAUGUUGCAGGCUGGAUGCCACACGCUAGCGCCAACACCGCUCACCAAUAACAGCGAUGAGAUAGUUGCAUCAGAGAGGUACCAACACUGCUUCAUCUUGAAUGGUACCAAGGACUUGGCAGCAUUGAAGAGGCAGAAUUACCACGUCCUGAAUCAGACCGGCCUGGCGUCACUCACAUGGACCACAGGGAUAAAUAACAGCAUUUAUCAGUUCACAGCUACCGUUGUGGAUCCUAGAUACAGUUUUUGCCGUCUUCAAGCCAAGUUUGCCGUGUUGGUCUACGGGCAUCCCCCUGAAGUCCAGCCCAAGCCAGUGACCCAGGUUUCCUUGGGAACCUUUGCCGUCCUGACCUUUGCCCUCGGGGUCAUAUCCUACAUGUACUACCGGAAGGGUCAUAUUAAGAAGUUGGAGGAACAGCUAUUUGACUACAACACAGAUUAGUACACAUGGAGUUGAAAAAUGCACAAGAUUUACUGAGCGGCAGGGCACAGGUGAAAUUUGUAAUUGUUCAGUGUUGCCGAUUUUCUAGGACAGAAUUGCUUUUGUUUUCCUCUGUCCGUCUAAGUUGAGCUGAUUUUUACAAACAGUUCCGGCCCUAGUUUUCAGAGUUCGGCAAUUUUACAUGUCAGUUGGGUAUUAUUUGCCAGUAGUUUAUGUCAACUUGCCAUGCCGUGUAAUUUAUAUUCUACAUCUUGGGGCCAGUGUAACGGAAAUUGUUAAGUAAAGGAUCAGGUUAAAAUACUGCUGUGUGUAAAGUGGUGACAGAAUACAAUCGGGCUUUGUAAAAGGAACAUUCAGCCCUCAAGUGGUUGGUAUUAAACUCAUCAACUUUCUUCUGUCAUAAUGUUUACCCGCGCGGGAUCUCAAUUCAUUACCAACUGUAGAAUUCCUAAAGUCAGGCCAUUUUGAAAUCUUUGUAAUGCUGCUGAUGAUUUCCUUUUCUUUGGGAUAUAAUUUUGUAAAAAAGUGUCAUAUGAAAGUUGCAUCGCUGCAUUAAUGCCACAGAUUCUUGCCUUCGGACCAUUGAAAAGUAUUGUAUUUUUGGAAGUAAAUCACAUUUUUAGGGAUAUUAAAUCCGCUCCGAGCGGAACAAAAGAGGGCAUGUUUUUUUGGUACUCACCGCAUAGCCAUGCGUUUAUAAUGGAGA